UUCCAACCUCUUUGCCAUGGAGCAGUGGUAUUUACCGGCGAAUUCUCAUUUUCUCAUCCCAGGGACAGCAGAAAAUAGCAAGUCACCAAGAAAUGGUGGACUAGUGGCUCAGUUAGAGAACGAUUGGGACGUGUGGCUGCCUAUGCUACCUCAAUUGGACGAAUUUCCAUGGACACUACAAGACAUUUCAAAAGUUCUUCGCCUCGGUAGAACGCGGGAACAUUUUCGCGCCAUUUCUCCACAAGCUGUAGAACGCGUGUCGUUUCUAUUACAGCGACCUCUGCUGCGAAUCGUGCGGGAAGCGAAACGACUUUCCGUGCGGUAUUCGAAAUGUUCUAAGCACGAGAUCCAAACUAGUAUUCGCUUGGUUCUUUCACUGUCCAUGGCUAGGACGUGUGUGACACUUGCGUCCAAAGCAUUUUCUUUGUAUUCUAUGUCCAGCGAUAGAUUUCGUCGGUCUAAAAGAACCCGCUGCGGUUUGAUUCUUCCAGUGGGUAAGAUGUUUCGCUGGCUGGUCAACAUGAAAGUAGCCGCUCGUAUCUAUGACGCGGCAGCAAUUUACCUGAGCGCUACGUUAGAAUACAUCGCUGAAGAGCUUGUCUAUAGAGCUGUCAACAAUCUGGAGGGUAUUGACCAAGUGACUCCCGAAGUACUCGAGGAGUGGAUCAAUACUGAUGGUGAUUUAUGGGGAAUUUUCCAGCCAUAUUAUCAUCUGCUCUCCGGUAGAACAGCAUUUGGUAUCACCGACUCUAUCGAGAUGUACGCUGCGCCAAAGAAAGCUAUAAGCAGCCCGAAAACAGGUUCACCAAGGCGGAGGGGAUUGGACAAAUGCAUGACGACUGCCUGUGUCACAUCUGUGGCUGAAUUGACUGAGCUGGUACACCAGGCUCGACAGCGUUUCUCAGAUGCGUACCAAAGCAAAGAUAACAAAUUUAUGUCUCAAGUGGACUGGGCAACCAAUGCACUGCACACUUUGUCUUAUUUCAUGAAGUGCUCCCAUCAAAUUGAUGAGGACAUUUCGGACAUUUUGGCAGCUACGAGACGUGCACAUUCCCAGCUUCCUCCGCUGGUAGAGUGGCUGAGAGUAGCGAGCCUGCACGUCGAACACCGUGGGUGCAGUAUCGUCGAUGACGAUGACGUCAGACAGGCAGCCAGAUUGCUACUGCCCUUUAACGACUGUGAGCCUCGAGCUUUGUGCCCCACAGAUUCGUUGACCGUCUCUAGUUCCCUGUCCCCCACAACCGCAGCUGUUAGCUUUCAGCAAGACCUGGGCUUGCGCCUGCUCUUAAGCGGAAGAGUCGACGUAAUACCGCAGGCUCUUGUAAUGUUAGGACCUGAGAAAGCCAACACUAUCAAUCUACAGGGAAUGACGCCGCUGAUGUACGCAUGCGCUUAUGGUAACGAGGCUCUUGUCAAGAGGCUGAUAGAGUGCCACGCGUUACUAGACACCCAGGUUCCAAACAACAAACAAAUCUAUCCACUCCUAAACUUGGAGCUCAUCUCCUGGACCGCACUGUCUUUUGCGGCCAUGAAAGGUCACGUGAACGUGUGUCAGCUAUUGUUAGACGCUGGAGCAAAUCCAAACGGAGCUAUGAAUCAUGGGAAAGAAAACCAAGUGGAGACUCCAUUACAGUUGGCUGCCGCAACAGGUAAUUACGAAGUCGUCUCCAUGCUCCUGAGGAAAGCUGCAGAUCCCUAUGUCAGCGUUAACACGUGUUCUUUUAGCCCAGGAUUGCGGGGGUUUGGAAACGCGUAUGCUGCUGCGGCUGCGCAUGGGCUCAAAAACAUCUUGCGGAAACUACUGGCGGAGCCUGGUCCACGACGGGAAAACGACAUGUUGUCACUUACAGAAAUUCUUACCGAGGGUUCUCUCUCGGAUGAAGGAAACGAAAUGAAAUUAACAAAGAAAAAAAGCAUGGCUCUUGAGGAGGCUCUGUACCACAGCUGUGAGCAUGGAUUCCUUGAAAUCGCAAUGGAGUUAAGAAGUUUGGGUGUGCCAUGGAACAUCCAUUGUUGGAGUCAAACUGUAGGUCACGCGUACGAACGAGGACAAAAGGCAUUCCUCAAAUGUUUGUUGCGUGACUUUCAAUCAAUGCCGACUAAUGAGUACACAAGUGACUUCUGUGAGGACGGACUUGUCAUCCUGUUCAAUAUUUUCAAGGAAUGUGAGGACCUUGCUCUGUCGAAGGAGCUUGCCUCGGUGCUGUCGUGUUGUUUUGGCCGUCAACCUCUAAAGGAGAUCGAGAUACUUCCCAUAACACAGACGUCAAUCAGAAUCGGCCCAGAUUACAUUAACAGCCCUGAGAUGUCUGACAUCACGUUUGUUGUUGAAGGGCGACCGUUUUACGCUCAUAAAAUCAUCCUGGCCACCGCCUCAAAGAAGUUUAAGGCGAUGCUGUCAAACAAGACUAUCGAGCCGAACGAUGGGAGCACCCCCUGUAUUGAAAUAACUGACAUAAAAUAUGAAAUAUUUAUGCUUGUGAUUCAGUUUUUAUACAGCGGAGCGGUGGACGAUCCUGUACAUCAAAAUAAAAUUCUGGAGUUGUUACAGGCUUCGCAGUACUUCAUGUUGGACUCAUUAAAACGUCAUUGUGAGCGUCUUGCUGCGAAACACCUUGACUGUGAAAACGUUGUCGACACAUACGUUUUCGCAAAUUUGUGUGAGGCAAAAGAGCUGCUCAGCUAUUGCGCAGGUUUCAUUUUGAAAAACCUGGCAGCCAUGAUGGAAGUCAAGAAUUUUAGGGACACUUUGUUUAACAACAAUAGCAAUGAGCUUUUACAAGCCCUGAAGUCUUGUUUGAUUGAAAGAAUCAAAGCGAACAGUACAGCGAAACCACCCGGAAGGUCACCCGUCCAGUUUUGAAUUGCUUUUGAAGGUGGGCUGAUUGAGUUUGUAUACCUGCACACACAGGCUGACCAACACCCGUGUUUUGAAGACGCGCCAUUGAAAGAGAACACAGAGGGACCUGGAGACACUCUUAUGAUAGAGAACAUUUUUGCAACGUCAUGCUUAUUCAUGUGCGCGCUAACGAGCGUCAUUUGUCCAUGGAGGGGGGGUGGGGAGUGAAAAGUUUCAGUGAAAAGAAUAAUCCUUCAUGAAACGAAUAAUCCGUCAUGAAACGAAUCUCAAACCACCCAGUGGAUCAAUACCUAGGAAGAGUGAAUGUGCAUACACGUAUGUAUACUGACAAUAGAACCCAACUAAUACGAACCUGAGAAGGACAUUAUGCUUUAUUUAAUUUUUUUUUUCAAAGAAAAACUGACAAAACUA